UCUGGUAUUGUGUACUGGUUUGUGUCACCGCCACUGCCCGGUUCGUUGUUGAAGCUAUUGAAUGUAAUGUUGAUUGGAGAACACCGCCCACCUGGUAGAUAAUGAUGUACAAAACGAGUGUAUCAGGUUGUCACUCCAGGUUGCUCUCUGGUUGAAUGUUGUGUUUGGUUUUAUUUUCUGUUUUUCUGAAAAUGUAAGGAUUAAUUCCGCGUGGAGGCUCUUAAAUGAUACUGUUCAUGCAUUAUUAGACCAUCAAUGACUGGCCGGCUUCGUUAAACCAGUGGGACCUGAUGGAGAGGCGUUUUAACACAGUAUAAAGGCUGUUUAGUAUGAAACUCUGCAGACAUGAAGAUCACAGACAGCGUGUUGAGAAGUUUCAGGGUUGCAAGAACAUAUCGAGAAAAUGCACAAAAAAUCAACUGUGUGGACUUCAGCUCAAAUGGUGAAAAUGCAAUAUCAAGCAGCGACGACGACUGCAUUGUGUUGUAUGACAUCAGAGAAGGAAAACCUAAUGGGACCCUGUACAGCAAGAAGUAUGGAGUAGACCUCAUCCGCUACACACAUGGAGAUGCACAGACAGUGGUCUACAGCUCCAACAAACUAGAUGAUACCAUCCGAUACCUGUCUCUCACUGACAACAAGUACAUCCGGUAUUUUCCAGGUCACACUGCAAGAGUUAUUGCUCUCUCCAUGUCACCAGUGGAUGAUACGUUUAUCUCGGGCUCGUUGGACAAAACGAUACGGAUCUGGGAUCUGCGCGCUCCAAACUGUCAAGGUUUGACUAAUCCGCUGGGGAAACCUGUAUGUUCCUUUGACCCUGAUGGGCUGAUAUUUGCUGCCGGGGUGGAAUCACAGGCCAUCAAACUAUACGACCUCCGUGCUUUCGACAAGGGUCCCUUUGCCUCCUUUGAGACAAGGUUUAAUCGCGUCUGUGACUGGACUGGACUCAAGUUCAGUAAUGAUGGGAAACAGAUUCUCCUCUCCACCAAUGGAGGGAUGAUUCGUGUCCUGAAUGCUUUCAAUGGAGCUGUGCUGCACACUUUUUCUGGUUACAACAACAGUAAAGGCAUCUCCCUGGAGGCCUGCUUCACUCCCGACUCUCAGUUUGUCAUGAUCGGCUCAGAGGACGGGAGAGUCCACGUUUGGAGCACUGAGAGUGGGAUGAAGGUGGCCGUGCUGGACGGGAAACAUCCCGGACCCAUCAACACGCUGCAGUUCAACCCCAGAUACAUGACGUUCGCCAGUGCCUGCACUCACAUGUUGGUGUUAGAUUCCUACAGAGAGCCAGCACACAGCUGGGACAAGGAUUACGAUCAGUUCCUGCUUCCUCUGCUCACGCCUCAGGAGCCCUGCUACAUCCUCUACCGCCUGGACUCCCAGAAUGCACAGGGAUACGAGUGGAUCUUCAUCGCCUGGUCACCUGACCAAUCACCAGUGAGGCAGAAGAUGGUGUAUGCAGCGACCCGUGCCACGCUGAAGAAAGAGUUUGGAGGAGGUCAUAUUAAAGAUGAAAUGUUUGGCACGGUUGAGGAUGACGUGUGCUUCCAGGGAUACCUGCGACACAUGUCCUCCUGCUGCUCCCCGGCUCCGCUCACUGCAGCCGAGCAGGAGUUACAACGUAUUAAAGUCACAGAGGAUAAAGUUGUGUGGGAUGAACGUAGACGAAUUGGGACUCCAACAGCACGAGCGAGGGUUACAAUGGAGUUUGGCUUAGACAAAAGGCCACAGACUCUUCAAGGUCUUGCAUUCCCGUUACAAGAAGAAGCCAAACGAGCUCUGCAGCAACUCCAGCAGAGACGCAUCAACUACAUACAGCUGAGGUUGGAUGUAGAGAGAGAGACCAUUGAGCUGGUUCACACCAAACCUACAGAGACCCGCGAGCUGCCCUACAGGAUUCCCUCAGACUCACCCAGAUACCACUUCUUCGUCUUCAAACAUUCCCACCAGGGCCAGCUGCAGGAGGCGCUGGUGUUCAUAUAUUCGAUGCCUGGGUACACCUGUAGUAUCAAGGAGCGCAUGUUGUAUUCCAGCUGUAAGAACAGACUACUGGACGAGGUGGAGAGAGAUUACCAGCUGGAGGUCACCAAAAAGAUGGAGAUAGACAAUGGAGACGGCCUGACAGAAGACUUCCUGUACGAGGAGGUCCACCCGAUGGAGCACACCUUAAAGCAGGCCUUUGCCAAGCCCCGCGGACCGGGAGGGAAGAGAGGCAACAAACGCCUCAUCAAGGGUGCAGGGGAGAACGGGGAAGAUAGUUAGACACUAUACAAACACACACACACACACACACACACACACACACGCGACAUUAUACACGAAUACACCAACACAAUAUCUAUGAAUUGACUUGUUAUUUGACUGUUUAGCUUCUAGAUAGUUCUUCUUUUUACUUGCGGACACAAGUUUCACCCUGAAAACAGGAAAACAUUAGAGCUGCAACGAUUAAUCGAUUAGUUGUCAACUAUUAAA